UGUGCGCGUGCGCGGGCAACGGGGCGGGGGCUCCGCUCUCCCGCCCAACCGUGCUCUGGCGGGAGCGGGACGGGGGUGUCAGGUGGGGUGAGGCGGCCAUAGCGAGCUGCGGUGAGGGCGGGGGGGGGUCCCGGUCGCUCUCUCCUCCCCGAGGUGGGGUGGGGAUGGCGGUGGCUGCUCGCGACAUGGGGCUGCAGGCUCGCUGUGAAGGCCUCUGAGCGGCUUUCGUCUGUCGCUGCUCGCCUCGGUGAGAGAGCGCUCCCGCCGCGCUAGGCCGCGGCCGAUCGGCCCGCCCGGGGAAGGAGGAGGAGGGGCCGGGCGAACAUGACCAGCCCUGCCAAGUGGGAGCGUCUGAGGCCGCUGCGGCCGGACACACUGCGUGUGAGUGAGCCACCAAUGAUCAACCUGAAGGUGAACAAUGGUGGACAGGUUGUGAGAAGAGCUGUGAAAGUCAGAAAGCCUCGAUUUGAUGCAUCCUUGGUUUAUUUGACCCGAAAAUUCAUGGAUCUUGUCAAAACAGCUCCAGACGGUGUUCUUGAUUUAAAUGAAGUAGCAACAACACUUGGAGUACGAAAACGAAGAGUGUAUGACAUCACCAAUGUGUUGGAUGGAAUCCACUUAAUUCAGAAAAGAUCUAAGAAUCUUAUCCAAGGUUCUAGUCUUGACCGAGUUGUUGGAAAAGCACCAGAGCCGCAAACACUUAAAGAUGAACUUUCUGACUUGUCAGCCAUGGAAGAAGCUCUGGAUGAUUUAAUCAAGGAUUGUGCUCAUCAGUUAUUUGAACUAACAGAUGACAAAGAAAAUGCAAAACUAGCUUAUGUGACAUACCAGGAUAUCCGUAGCAUUCAGACAUUUCAAGAACAGAUUGUGAUUGCAAUCAAAGCUCCAGAGGAAACCAAGUUGGAAAUACCAAUUCCUAAAGAAGACUGCAUAGCGGUACAUGUGAAGAGCACGAAAGGACCUAUUGAUGUGUAUCUGUGUGAGGUGGAACCAGAGAAGCCAGGUGCCAAAACUUUUGAAGAUACAGAUACAGUCACUUCUGAAACUGAGCCCGCAGGUCCUCCUGAUGAAGUGAGAUCCCUGGGGGAAGAAGAAAAACCACCUGAGCUGACAGAUUAGUUACAACUCAAAAACCUAACAGGAAAUGUAAAUAUCUGUAUUAUAGAGCUGCUCCAAAGCUGCUUGGAUCUGCAAACUUACUGACCUGAAAUGUUCAAAAGUGAAGUGCUUUCACAGGAUUGCUCAUCUUCCCAAGUCAAAGGAGGCCAGUUCCUAGAGUUGCUUUUAGGAGCUUUGUUUUCAUAAUUGCAUGUAAUCUACACACCUUUGGGAAAAUGGUAUUUUUAGCUUAUGAAAUAAUUGAAGGAAAACAUAGGCAAUUAAUUACUUCUAAAAAUGACAAUAUUUGGAAGGAUCCACAAUCCUUGUGAGAAUGUAUAUAAUAAAAGCACUUUUCAGUUCUGAGGUUGCACUGCUACUAAGCAGGAUUGUUGGAUGUGAGUGUAAUAAAGAACUGGUGUAUCAGAA